AUGGAAGAGGUAAACAAACGAAAUACUGAGAUAAAGAAUAGAUUUCUUAGUUUAUCCAACAACGUGGGAUUUGUAAGGGAACCAGUAUUUUAUUCUCAAUUUAAAAAGAUAAGAAAAGGGAGCAUUAAAAAGAGUAAAGUAGACAAUAAGUCAUUUCCAGUAUUUUCUGUUAGAUAUAAAGACUCAUUUAUUGAAUUGUCAGAGGAUAGAUUCGUUGCAAAGGGGUAUAAAGGAUGGAGUAGUGUUCUAUUAUCUCAUGGAUCUAGUUCUGGAUCAUGGUAUUUUGAGAUAACUAUAGGUAAUCCUGUCGAAUUAGAACCAUUUCUUGGAUAUCCAAUGAGUGUGACCAAAACUUGUAAACCUAGUAUUAGGGUUGGAUGGUCUUGCAGAUAUAGUAGAUACGAUGUUCCAGUAGGUACUAAUUCUUUUGGAUUUUCACUGAGUAGUUCAGACUGCAGCUGUUUCAAUAAUGGCAAAAAACGGUGUUUGCCUAAUUACAAGCCAUUAAACACAGGAGAUAUAGUUGGAUGCUUUAUUACUUUAAACAAUACUUCUUAUGAUUUGCCUGAUCCUUUAACAAGGCCUGAACUUCAUCCUUUUGUUGAAAUGGGUCUUUUAUGCAAUCCCGAUAAGCUGCCACCAAUAAUUAUUGAUAAAGGUUCAAAAGUACAAUUUUCUGUGAAUGGAAAAGUCCUGGAAACUAAUUAUACUGAUAUUCCUGCAGGUUUUUAUCACCCAGCCCUUUCUCUAUAUAUGGGGGCAACUGCAGUAAUUAAUAUUGGUCCAGAGUUUAAUUAUACUCCUAAUGUUCAUUUUCUCCCUAUUUGUAAAAUGCAACGUCCAUGUAUUGUUUAG